CACCCCAGCCUGCCUACCAACACCCUGCCUGGUCCCUCUGCAGUGCCCAGGCCUUCCCCCAGGGCACCAGGGAUUGCAAUUAGGCUGUGAAGGGGCCCUCCCCUUGCUGGCUGUGGCCAGUGCCACCCAAUCAGGCAGCCUGGGACGAGCCCCUAGGGCCCCAGCCUUCGGGCCACGCACUUUCUAGUCGGGGUGCGGACCUCCCAGCUCCCGCCACAGCUUCCUGUGACUGGCUACCCUGCCAGCUCUCCUGUAGAUGAGAGUGGGGCCAUCCCCAAGCUCCUUUCCACCAGACACCACUGAGUCCCCUGAAGCUGGGGCUGGACCCUGGAAGGUGGUCCCCGGGCCAAAGUCAGGACCAGGAGGGGCUCGGGGCAGUCCUGGGCCAGGCGUCUGGCAGAUGGGCUUGCUGGAGGUGGCGGCUCCUGUGUGGAGCAGGCACUGACGGGGCAAAUGGGACGUACCUGGGCAAGCACGGGUGGCGCGUGAUGGACCUGGGCCUCCAUUGGCUGCACCACGCCCAGCAGCAGAAAGGGGCCUCAGGAGCCCUGGUGCCGUCACAUGGGUCACAGGGCUCCAUGCGGUGCGGGGAGCAGGCAGUCACAAGGGACUCGCUGGUACCUGCCUUGAGGCCUGGGGCUGUGGCCGCCUCUGUGCAGAGGUCUCCCCAGCACCAGGCUCUGCGGGGCAGGGAAGCCCAGCGGGACCUCAGCCGCAGGGAGGCUGAGCAGGGUCCACAGGGAGACCUGGCAAGGCCGGCAGCCUUUGUAGUGCACGCAGCAUCUCUGCAGGGGGGGCAAGAGCUGCCCCCUCCCCUCCCAGGGGGCAGGUGGGGGCUCUGGGUCUUUCCCACCCUCCUCCCGUCACGUCACGGGACGAAGGGCUGGCGGGCAUGUGACCGAAACUGGUCAGACAGCACUAUGGCGGUUUUUAUUCGGAAGGGAAGUUUAGGCUCUUGGGCAGAGCUGAGAUGGGAACAGGAAACCCACAGGGCCCCUUUAUUCGGCAAAAAUGUCAGUCAGCACCUCGGGGUCCCUGCGUGUAUGAGUGAGGCGCGGCAAUGGCACCGAGCUCCUCUGCCGGAGGUCGUCCCACGGGCCGGGUUCCUGGACUGCUGGCCUGAGCCGAGGCACAUGGCGCCUCCUCCCUGGAGACCAGCCCCCAAAGCCGACCUCUUAAGGCUGGUGUUGUAUCUCACCUUCCUGGGAGCCCCCUGCUGCGCCCCAGCUCUGCCCUCCUGCAAAGAGGACGAGUACCCGGUGGGCACCGAGUGCUGCCCCAAGUGCAGCCCAGGUUACCGCGUGAAGCAGGUCUGCGGGGAGCUGACAGGCACAGUGUGUGAACCCUGCCCUCCAGGGACCUACAUUGCCCACCUCAAUGGCCUGAGCAAGUGUCUGAAGUGCCAAAUGUGUGACCCAGAAAUUGGGUUCCCACAUGACCCCAGGGGAGGGGGCCACCUGGAGGCUGGUGCCCGCCUGGGUGGAGGCAGACAGGGGAACCAGACCCAGGGGCAUGCCUUUGAGUUGGAGCGCAGAGCCCAGCCAUGCCGCCAGCGGCUCUGUCCCGUCAGAGCCUCGAGCCAGGCUCAGCACAGCAGGUGCUCGCCAGGCCAGGCAGGACUGCGGCUGCGGCAGGGCCUGGGCCUGCAGGGAGGCACCAGUAGCUGGGCUAGCUGUGAACAGAACAGCAGCUGGAGUGCUUUGAAGGCUUAUGCAUGGGAUUUGGGGUUCACACCUCAACCUGCAUGCCCAGUCCAGUGCCCUCCCCUCUUGUGAAAGUACCUGUCUGAUUGGGCUGAGAAUCCGGGGGUACAGCGUGCCGGUGAGGCUGCCCUCAGGAGGGUCCCAGGGCUGGGGCUGGUACCCCACCUCCAGCAGCACCUGAAGAAGGGGGCUCUCACCCUACCUGGCUGGUUUGCACAGAUGGGAAGCCUGUCUGAGGGCUGAGUGUCCAGGGUGGGCACAUAGGGCGAAGACCUGCCUGAGAGACCCUGCCCCAGGACUAGCAGUGGAAGCUCCAUGUCCUGACCAUCUGGGCAGAAGGCUGGCUUCUCCAUAAGGCCUGGCUCCCAUCAGUGAGACCCUCACAGGACCGUCCCACAGGCCCUCAUCCCACACACAGCUCAGCUGUCCCUUGGUGCCCCUCCGGGCCUCAGGUCCUCCAUGCCAGGCACCUCAUUGGUUGAGCCAGAGGUGCAGCCCGGCAGGGGACCCAGGCAGCAGUACCGGCCUCUGCACACCGUGUCCAGGACGGGGCAUCAGCACAGCCUCCCAGCCCAGCGGCUGCUCUCAGCUCCCCUUCUUGGA